AAGAAGCUGAGAGAUUUAAGAAAGCUUUGAAGGAUUUUAUGUCAAUAGGGUUUGUGUUAUGGGAUGCAUUUCCAAUACCUUUGUUUAAGUGGAUUGAUUUUCAAGGGCAUGUUAAGUUUAUGAAUAGGACAUUUAAAUAUAUUGAUUGCGUUUUACAAAGCUGGUUGGAUGAACAUGUGAUGAAGAGAGAAAGGGUUGAUUUUGUUGAUGGAAAUGAAGAGGAUUUUAUUGAUGUUAUGCUUUCUAUGAUGAGUAAUGAAGAUUUUGUUGAUGGUUAUAGUAGAAAAACCACCAUUAAAGCUACUGCUCUGAGUAUGGUGUUGGUUGCUUCGGACACGACUGCUAUUCACUUAAAUUGGGUAAUGGCUGCAUUAUUAAACCACAGAGAUGCCAUGAAGAAAGUCCAAGACGAGCUAGACACAAAUGUUGGCUGAAACAGAUGGGUAGAAGAGAGUGAUAUCAAGGAUUUGGUAGGUAUACUUCCAAGCUGUCGUUAAAGAAACACUGCGAUUAUAUCCACCAGCACCUUUGUUAGCACCACACGAAUCAGUAGAGGACUGUAUCGUACAAGGAUACCACAUUCCAAAAGGUACAAGAUUGUGGGUCAAUACUAUGAAACUACAUCGAGAUCUUAAGAUUUGGUCGAAUCCUGAUACAUUUGAUCCAGAGAGAUUCUUGACUAGUCAAGCAGGGGUUGAUGUUCGCGGUCAUCAAUAUGAGUUCAUCCCGUUUGGUUCU